CUAGUCACAUGACCCGGCUGGUUGAAAACGAGGAAGUCAUGGGUUGUUUGGAGUAACGGGGGCAAAAACAAAGCUCCUUUUUCCCAGCCAUGUCGCUGCACAGAUAUAACUCUGUUUUUGUACUUAUAUUCAUAAAUAGCUACGCUUUCGGAGUUUCUGACGCCGUGAACGUCACCGCUCCGGUUUCAGCGACAACACCGCAGCAAGCUCCUAGUUAUGUGAGCCCUGGUUCCUCUGCCGUGGUCAGCCCUGUUGUUUUUAAGCCUGCCGUGGAGCCUGCCUUCUCCGUCGCUCUGCGGUCCUCCUUCCCCGAGGACCUGGAAGUGAGCGAGUACUGCGCGGAGCUGCUCCGGCUCUUCGGUCAGCGCUAUGUGGCGUUUGUGGACUGCCUGGUUCCGGCUGCGCGACCCGUCAAAGUGUGUCAGAACUGCUUCCCAGAGUAUCACAGCCUCUCUGAAGUCUUUCUCAACAUCUCAUCAGACCAGAUGGGUCCUGGCAACGUGAGCUGCAGGGACAGCAUCCUGCGCAGCGACCGGCUGAUGCUCGUUUUCCUGCUGAACAGCAACAUGGAUACCAUUUGGCAAAGAUCAAACUGCAUACAGUGCGUCAAGGACUUAAGUGGACCGAACAAUGACACAUUGUACUACCUCACUCUUCUCAAUCAAACCAUCACAUGUUUUGAGAAGUAUAAACAGGGUAACCUCACAGAACUGUGCAAAAACUGCAAAGAUGCUUACAAGAGGCUGAAUGAUCUGUACAGUCGCAUGGAGGGGAACAAAACCCUCUGUAUUGACUUGGAGGACGCGAUGAAUGUGACCCGCAAACUCUGGAGCAAAAACUUUGGUUGCUCCAUCCCCCGCGAGGAGACAAUUCCUGUCAUUGCGGUGUCCUGCUUCAUGCUCUUUUUGCCCAUCAUCUUCUACUUGAGCAGCUUCCUUCACUCGGAACAAAAGAAACGCAAGCUCAUACACCCCAAUCGAGCAAAGUCAUACGCCAGCCUGAUGAACAUCCAGGACAAACGGAGCUGAGGAGGACUGGGAGAACCUGAGCAGUUACCCAACCCAAUUCCUGAGGUGUUUUUGGCUUCCAUAAAUGUAAAAGACUGAAGAGCCACUUUUUACGUUUUUACCAAACGGUAUUCAAAAGACUGGAUGGAUGAAGUGAAAAGCACUUUGUUGUGUUAUGUCCAACAGGUUUAUGUUCAUUAAAACGUCUGUUUUCACAUCCUGUCAAAGGCUUUUCUUAAAAUCCAAUCAUCUGUAAUACCAGAUCCAGAAAUACUUAAAUAAUCCUAAACCUACUUUUGCAUAUUUAUAGUGCUCCAUAAUAGAUCCAGGGCUACAAAUAUUAAUAUUUAUUAUAGAAGCGUAUAAAUUAUUACAUUUGGGACCUAUAAUGGAGCACUUUAACGUCACAGGAAUUAAUAAAGCCUACCUGAAUUAAUCAAACCGAAUUUGAAUGCUCUUAACAUUCUUACAGUUGUCUAACAAGUCUCUCUGAGAUGUAUAGCUUUAAUGCAGGUUUUGUGUUUGAAUCACUUUAACUUCUAACAUUACAAUCUUUAAUCAGAUGGUUAAUAAUCUACCUGCACAAUAUCCUUUUAAUUCCUGUUUCAUUAUUCCUUCCUUUUUAACUUUAACGAUCUUUGGGUUGUUAAGUGCAUCCUACUGUCACUGUGGAAAGUGAGUAGCCUGAAUGUUUUGUGUGUGUGUGUGUGUGUGGCUGGAUGUGCUAUGGAUGGAGAAAUGGGUUUUCUGUCUCUAAUGUAUGUCCAGAAGAGAGCUCCAAAUAGGAAGCACUUGAUGUCCAUUAGUGGUGACAUGUAACUGCUGUAAGAAGGAGGGGUGAGGGCUGGGGGUGCGCAUUGGUAGGCUGGGGAGUAAAUAAAGACCUUAGACACAAUGUAAGAGCACUCCAAAGUACCACACUGUGAUGUUACCUGUUUUCUAGUCAGCUUCUUUUUUUUUUUUUGAAGUUGCGUAAAGCUUUUAAUGUGCUCUGUUGUUGUUUUCCACUGAUAUUUAAUUUAAUUUGUUAAGGGCUUCUACAUAAAAUCAUUUUCAGGAUGCAUGGAUGCUCAGUUGAUAAUGCUCUGAUGUAAAGAAAGACGUAAUUUUGGAAUGCAAAUAAAUACAUUUUGUCAUAAA